AUGGCCGGAAAGGGAGAAGAGCGGGCGAUCGGGAUCGAUUUGGGCACCACAUAUUCGUGCGUGGCAGCAUGGCAGCACAACCGCAUCGAGAUUAUAGCCAACGAUCAGGGCAACCGCAUCACGCCCUCUUGCGUCGCUUUCACCGAAAACGAGCGUCUCAUCGGAGAAGCUGCCAAGAAUCAAGUCGCCAGUGUUCCAAAUAACACCGUUUUCGAUGCAAAGAGGCUGAUUGGCCGUAAAUUCAGUGAUCCAACGGUUCAAAGUGACAUAAAACUAUGGCCAUUCAAGGUCAUUCCUCACCCCACUGACAACAAGCCUAUGAUAGAAGUGACCUACAAGGGAGAGGAGAAACAUUUUUCAGCUGAGGAGAUCUCUUCAAUGGUGCUAUCCAAGAUGAAGGGUACCGCCGAGACCUAUCUUGGAUCAUCUGUCAAGAAUGUUGUCAUAACCGUACCUGCUUAUUUUAACGACUCUCAGCGUCGCGCCACCAAGGAUGCUGGAACUAUUGCUGGCCUCAAUGUUGUAAGGAUCAUCAAUGAGCCUACUGCAGCAGCCAUUGCAUACGGUCUAGAUAAAGGGGGUAAUGUGGCUAAGAAUGUGCUGAUUUUCGACCUUGGUGGUGGCACGUUCGAUGUGUGUGUGGCCAUGGUUGAGGCUGAUAUCAUUGAAGUGAAGGCUAUUGCUGGCGAUACUCAUCUUGGAGGGCAAGACUUUGACAGUAGGAUGGUAAAUCAUUUUGUGAAAGAGUUUGAAAGGAAGAAUGGUAAGGAUAUUAGUAUGAAUCCGAGAGCUAUUAGGCGAUUGAGGAGUGCUUGUGAAAGAGCCAAGAGGAUGCUUUCUUCCACUUCCCAAACUAAUGUUGAGAUUGAAUCUUUGUUUGAGGGGAUUGAUCUGUUUUCGGCUAUCACUCGUGCUAGAUUUAAUGAGCUCAACAUGGAUUUGUUCAACAAGUGUAUGGAACUGGUUGAGAAAUGCCUGAGUGAUGCAAUGAUGGAUAAGACUAGUGUGGAUGAGGUGGUGCUGGUGGGCGGGUCGAGCAGGAUUCCAAAGGUGCAAGAGAUGUUGAAGGAGAUUUUCAAUGGGAAGGAGGCGUGCAAGGCCAUUAAUCCAGACGAAGCCGUAGCAUAUGGUGCUGCAGUGUUGGCUGCCAAGUUGAGUGGUGAAGGCAAUGAGAAGAUGCAGAAUGUGGUUCUUUCGGAUGUUACUCCUUUGGAAUUACGGGCGAUCGGGAUCGAUUUGGGCACCACAUAUUCAUGCGUGGCAGCAUGGCAGCACAACCGCAUCGAGAUUAUAGCCAAUGAUCAGGGCAACCGCACCACGCCCUCUUGCGUCGCUUUCACCGAAAACGGGCGGCUCAUCGGAGAAGCUGCCAAGAAUCAAGUCGCCAAUGUUCCAAAUAACACCGUUUUCGAUGCAAAGAGGCUGAUUGGCCGUAAAUUCAAUGAUCCAACGGUUCAGAGUGACAUAAAACUAUGGCCAUUCAAGGUCAUUCCUCACCUCACCGACAUCAACAAGCCUAUGAUAGUAGUGACCUACAAGGGAGAGGAGAAACAUUUUUCGGCUGAGGAGAUCUCUUCAAUGGUGCUAUCCAAGAUGAAGGGUACUGCCGAGGCCUAUCUUGGAUCAUCUGUCAAGAAUGUUGUCAUAACCGUGCCUGCUUAUUUUAACGACUCUCAGCGUCGUGCCACCAAGGAUGCCGGAACUAUUGCUGGCCUCAAUGUUGUAAGGAUCAUCAAUGAGCCUACUGCAGCAGCCAUUGCAUACGGUCUAGAUAAAGGGGGUAAUGUGGCUAAGAAUGUGCUGAUUUUCGACCUUGGUGGUGGCACGUUCGAUGUGUGUGUGGCCAUGGUUGAGGCUGAUAUCAUUGAAGUGAAGGCUAUUGCUGGCGAUACUCAUCUUGGAGGGCAAGACUUUGACAGUAGGAUGGUAAAUCAUUUUGUGAAAGAGUUUGAAAGGAAGAACGGUAAGGAUAUUAGUAUGAAUCCGAGAGCUAUUAGGAGAUUGAGGAGUGCUUGUGAAAGAGCCAAGAGGAUGCUUUCUUCUACUUCCCAAAUUAAUGUUGAGAUUGAAUCUUUGUUUGAGGGGAUUGAUCUGUUUUCGACUAUCACUCGUGCUAGAUUUAAUGAGCUCAACAUGGAUUUGUUCAACAAGUGUAUGGAACUGGUUGAGAAAUGCCUGAGUGAUGCAAAGAUGGAUAAGACUAGUGUGGAUGAGGUGGUGCUGGUGGGCGGGUCGAGCAGGAUCCCGAAGGUGCAGGAGAUGUUGAAGGAGAUUUUCAAUGGGAAGGAGGCGUGCAAGGCCAUUAAUCCAGACGAAGCCGUAGCAUAUGGUGCUGCAGUGUUGGCUGCCAAGUUGAGUGGUGAAGGCAAUGAGAAGAUGCAGAAUGUGGUUCUUUCGGAUAUUACUCCUUUGUCUCUUGGGAUUGGAUGCUCUGGAAAUGUGAUGAGUGUAAUUAUUCCGAGGAGCACACCUAUCCCAACAAGGAAGGUGAAAAUUUGUCACACCACAAAGGACUAUCUGAGAGGUGUGCUGUUUCAUGUGUACGAGGGCGAAAGAAGCAAUGUAACAGACAACAACAUGCUAGGUGAAAUCACAGUCCUAGGCUUUCCAGCGGAACCCAGAGGUGUUGCUAAAUUCAAAGUGUGCUUCGACAUUGAUGAGAAUGGUAUCUUGAAUGUGUCAGUGGAGCACAUUGGGAGUGGAUUGAAGAAAAACAUCAGCAUCACCAACUACAAGGACAAGAGCAGACUGUCUGAGGAAGAAAAAAAGAAGAUGGUGAAAGAUGCGGAAAAGCACAAGAUAGAGGACGAGAAAUUUAGGAAGAAGGCUGAAGCGAGGAGUGCUUUGGAGAACUACGCCUACGACAUGAGGAACAACACCAGAUGUGCCGUUGGGAUUGAAGCAGCCGACAAGAAGGAGAUAAAGAAGGCUUUCGAGUCUACUAUCAAAUGGUUGGAGUCGAACAAACUUGCAAAGGUUGAUGCUGUCAAAGAGAAGAUGGAGGAGCUUAAGAGGAUCUACAAACCCAUUGAAGCCAAGAUGCACCACAGUCCCAGUAUUAAGAAGGGAAGUAGUAUUAACAAGUGGAUUAAGAGUGUAAUGCCAUGA